UGCUAAUGGUGAGAUUUUUUUUUGUUUCUAGUAGUGUUUCUCGCUACUAGCAGCUUGCUUUUAUACACGUUACACAUAUUUUUGAAUCGUGACUUUGACCGUUUUGCUCCUUUCACUCAGCGAAAAGGUCUAAUUACUUCUUCCACCGCUGCAUGAGUGGGUUAAACUCUGCUGUUCCUCCAGGUGUCGGUGAGUGUUUUAUGAAUGAAUGUUUACUUGCCUGUUGCUAAGGGGAGGCAGGAGGGAAGGGGCGUCUGACGUCACGCUGUUUUAAACAAGUAUCUGGUCACGACGCACGGCGCGGACUGGCCCCGCCCACCUCCGCUCUGUUUAUAACGGGGCCGCUCCGGCCGCACACUGACCACUGGUUGUUGUGCGGUAGAUGCGGUAAACAGAGCCUGUGAAAGAGUGAAAGAGAGAGAGCAAGAGAAGACAGAGAUGUACUGGGACACGAUCAUCAAGCCAGGGGACAGAAACACAGACAGCAAAGAGUCGAAAAUAAAGAUGGAGGUUUGCCAGACUGGAUAUUACACAGAAGACUUCAGGACACAGGAAGUGCCAGCUGGCUUUGACUUCACGUCUUAUGACUACACUGGUGAAGACCUGUCUUUUCUGUUAGACAGUAAAGCACCUGGGCAGCAGCAGUACGUCACAGAGAGCAGCUACCCAGAGCCUCCGAAGGCCUCUCACCCAUAUGACACUAAAGUGAGCACCAGCGACACGGCCCUCUUCAACCUGGACUCAUACCAGGAGUUCAACUGGUGGGCCUCAUAUCCACACGAUGGCGUCACGGUCGACCAGCCACAAACUGGAUACCAGGAGUCUCCACAGACGUACCAGAGCCUGGUGCCCCAGAACGGACAGUUCAGCCCGGCCAUGGAGAGCAGCCACAGCCCCUUUCUCACUGCCAAAGGAUCAAAUACAUUACAAAGUGAGACGGAUCAGAGCUACUCGUGUCACUCGGCUGAACUGUACGACUCUGACGGACAGAGGCAGUCCUCGUCCUUCUGGUCUGAAUACCCCUCACCCAGCUUCACUGCCCCCCUACCACACCCGCCCCCGGCCUCCUGCCCUCAGUCCUCAGAGCAGUACUGCCCCCGUGUGGUCAAACGCAAAAACACACACCCUCAGAGGCCGGACAGAGAGGGCCACCUGGCAGGAAUGUCAGCAUAUCCAGGUUCUGGUCCAAUCCAGCUGUGGCAGUUUCUACUGGAGUUACUUCUGGACUCUGCCUGCCGAACCUUCAUCUGCUGGACGGGAGACGGCUGGGAGUUCAAGAUGUCCGACCCAACAGAGGUGGCCAAGCGCUGGGGCCAGUGCAAGAACAAACCCAAGAUGAACUACGAGAAGCUGAGCCGUGGCCUGCGUUACUACUACCACAAGAACAUCAUCCACAAGACGGCGGGCAAACGCUACGUCUACCGCUUCGUCUGUGACGUUCAGGGCAUGCUGGGAAAGACGGCGCAGGAGGUCCUGACCAGUCUGAACGUUUUGCCCACGAACACCGAGUCCUGGCAGUGUCCCGGGUUACCGGCUGCAGCAGCAUCGGACCACAGCAGCGAAACAUGGGCGUCACAGUAGGGAGCGGUGACCUGGACUCUGAGUGCUGCUGGCUGAGAGGGAGCAGCACGUUUUCAUGGAGUACUACAGAAAAUAAGUACAUAAAUAGAUAACACAACAAAGUGAACACAUCCUCUUCUAGCCCUGGCUGAGCGAGAGCAUCCUCAUGGAGGUGAUGUUGUCACACAGAGGCCAGGAGAAGCUGCAUUUCAGGAAGAAAAAAAAAAACACCCCUUUUUGUUUCAUGCAGUCAGCCUAUAAAGACAAUAUGAUUUUUUUAAAGAAAUAAUAGAUGAUAUAAAAUACAAACUCAUCAACAUGUAGCUCCUUAACCUCAGGGCUGAAUAACUGCAGCACAGGAACAAGCCAGGGGAGUUCUCAGCACUAGAAACAGAUUAUUUUGCAACAUCUGGGGCCAUGUUUUCAUGUGUGCGUGUGGUUUUUUUUACGAAGAAAUUGAUUUGUAAAUAGUGUUUAUACGAUUGCUAUGUAGAGUUUUGUGCAUUUAUAUUAUUAUUUUUUUGUAAUACAAAACUCAUGUCUACCUCUGUUUUUAAUCAGAAUAACAUAAACUGCAUAAUCUUUAUGCAUAAUCAUUAUCAGGUGAAAGUUUGAACCUGUGGAAUGUUUUUUUUUUUAAAUAAACUGUAUAUAAUUAAA